AUGAUGCGCGGCAGAGUGGCAGUGGUUGGCGUAUUGGCCUGUGGCUUGUAUGGUCUUUUUAGCGUGGCCUUCACACCAUCAUUGAACGUGGGCAUGGGUGGAGUGGCUGGCCGAGGUGCUUCAGUGCAACACUCCACUCGGAUCCAGCGCAACGCAGAUGGUUCGAUGCUGACGCCAUUCGGGCCUGUUGUGACCUAUGCCAAGGCACUCAUGGAUGCGGCGCGUGAGAAGGGUGAAGAUGUGGAAGUGACAAAGGAUGUGCUUAUGAUCAAGGAUAAGUUCAAAGAAGAGGAAUGGCUGGACAAGCUCGUCACAGUGCAAAAUGAUCCAAGGAUCACAGAAGUGCAAAAGGCAAAGAAAAUCGUGGAUUUGCUGACGCCGUUGGAGUCUACCGUGAUGCCAAAGUUCAUUGUCUUUUUGGCGAAGAAGAAUCGCCUGAAUGGCAUCAAAGUCAUCAUGUUUGAAUAUGUCCAGAGCAUGUACUACAAGCAAUCCAUUACUCCCAUUCGUGUGACUUCUGCCCAGCGCUUGACAGGGGAUCAGUUGCAAAAGAUCGAGCAGAAGAUGAAGGGCAAGGUCGGCACAACUGAUGUCAAACUCGUGGCAGAGGUGGACCCCAACCUGAUUGGCGGUCUUACGCUUGAGUGGGGCUACACCGACCCAGUGAACCUCUAUGCUCCAACCCAUGGUAGCCUUUGCCAGAAUUUGUAUGUGGAUGCAAUUUUCCUAGAAGAUGAGGCCACUCUGGCAUGGGGAACCUGUGGGAGGGUGGGGGCAGCGCUACGGAAGGGUGUUGUGUUCAUUGUGUUCUCAGCCAACUCUUUGGGCAGGAGUUUGAAAAUGAGUGGACUGCGCAUGAAGGAGUGGGAUGUUGAGCUUAGAAACAACACCUCAAAGACUCAAACCAGUGAAAUCCUGCGGGCCCCUGUAGUGUUCCACUUGGCCUCCUCUACGCUGAUACCAUGCUAUGGCAUCGAAUUGGCAUCGAUGGCGUCGGAUAUGGAUCGAGAGCCCAGUGCCUCCACUCCAACGAGCUCAGUGGCCACCAAGCUUACCAGGAAGCCGACACACUUCUCGGUGGUGGAUGCUGUUCGGAUUGAUGCGGAGAACCUGCGAAACAACCGGGGGUACUGGAUUACAGAGAAUCCUCAAGUUCUGGAUUGCCGGGGCCGGGCAAUUGCAAUUGUGGAUUCUGGGAUAUGGGAGAUCAUCGUGACGUUGGCAAUAAUUGCGGAUUUGAGCUUGACAAUCGCAAGCUUCUCGCUGCCCUCUGAAGAUUCAGAUUCUUUGGGUAUGUUCCUGGGAGGCGGCUUUGUUCUCUCAUUUCUGAUUGCAGACGUGGCGCUUCGCAUUAUCAAAGAAAGAUAUGGUUUCUUCCUGAAGGUUCUCAACUGGUUUCGCGUAUUCCGUGGUUUCUUUGCGUUCUUCGCUUCCAGAGGUGGAAUCAGGGGCCGCAUCAACAAGGGAGUCGACAGGCUUUUUGACCACAUUGUCAGGAAACAAUUGGCCGAAUUCCUGUUGAUGCCCAUGCAGAAUGCGAAAAUCCAGCCGUCACAAGGCGUCUUGCACCUGGAAAGGGCACAGCUUAGAUCUUCCAGGCUCAACAACUUGCACUUACCGCUGGUUCUGACGGCUGGCAUUUUCGAUAUGGUGCACCUGGAGCUCAAAAUGGGAAAGCUCAAUGCAGGGCACCAUCGUCUCAUGGUGCUUGUACAGAACGUCAUUCUGGUGGUUAGUCCUGGCUGCAGCGAGGAGAGGGCAUUCAACUGGAACUACCAUGAUGUCAAAGUCUCCAAGACCAAAACAAUGAAGCUAGCAGCAAAACUUAUAGAACCCUUCGCAAAGCCACCGAAGCAGAAAAAACCCGACACUGGAAACCCUGGCUCGGUUCGAGUACAGAAACAUCAAGGAUCCAGCUGGAUUCGGCGGAAGCUCGCAAAGCUCUUGAGGGAUAUCCUCAACAAUGGCAUGCAAUUUGCAAUCCAUGACUUUGAGAUCCGCUAUGAAGACGAGAGCUCUGGCAUUUGCGGGCCCUACAGGAUUCUAGGUGGCUUUGUUGUGGACAGCUUGCAGCUGCGUGCAGUGAGUGCAGGGCGAGGUCAUGGCGACGAACAGCAUCUUUUCCGAGCCAAAGGCACGGUCAUGGCCAUGGUGGCCAUGGUGGCCAUGGUGGCCAUGGUGGCCAUGGUGGCCAUGGCGACCAUGGGCCUCUCCAUGGCUCUCCUUCCAAUCUCCAAUCUGAAUCAGUUCGACUUUGGCGAGGUGGUCUUGGGCAACCAGAGGAGUCUGCUGAAAGCCCAAUUCCUAUGGCCAUCCUUGUGUGAUGCAUACCGGGCUGAUGCUGCAGAGUUGGCAAAGUUUCUAGACCAGCUUUGUCUGACUUUGCAGCAGGGGAAGGCAUUGCAGAAGCGCUUUGCACAAGCUGUGGACCGACUUGAUGCAGCCCACAAGGCGGAGAAGGUCGAGACAUCGGCACCAGUGGUGGCAACAGUUGAGGUCAAAGGUGGAAAGGAUGUGUCCAAGGAGACCAAGGAGGCCACGGUCACAAAGGAGGUGUCCAAAGAUAGAAAGAAUGGAAAGAAUGGAGAUGCGCCAGGUGCAGGGCCAGGUGCGGCAGAUGUGGAUGCCACAGAUGCUGGAGCUGACACAACAGAUGCCACAACGGAUACCGCUUUGUCGAGACCAGCACCUGAUUCAUCCAGUGAAGAACCGCCGCCCCCGCCGCCACCAUGCAAGGCGCCACCUCCAGGCAUGCGACCCCCAGUCAAAGCCAAGCCCGAAACAAAGCCCGAACCAAAGCCUGACAGUGAAGUGAUUUGGAAGUUCCCACCGCCUUCCACCUCCAAAGCCCCGUCGCCUUCCAAAGCUGUGCCGCCUUCCCUGCACUCAACUCCGGUGAAGGCGCCCCCGCCGCAAAUGGAGAAAAGUGAGAAGAGCGAGAAGGCAACUGACAAAUCCGGUGACAAAAGUGAAACAGCCCCAGCUGAGAAGGCUCCUCCACCUGGAAUUGCUCCAGCCGAGAAAGCCCCGCCACCCGAGAAAGCUCCUCCACCCGGCAUUGCUCCAGCUGAGAAAGCUCCUCCACCUGGCAUUGCCCCGGCUGAGAAAGCUCCUCCACCUGGGGUUCGUCCAGCUGAGAAAGCUCCUCCACCCGGCAUUGCUCCAGCUGAGAAAGCUCCUCCACCUGGCAUUGCUCCAGCUGAGAAAGCUCCUCCACCUGGCAUUGCUCCAGCUGAGAAAGCUCCUCCACCUGGCAUUUCUCCAGCUGAGAAAGCUCCUCCACCUGGCAUUUCUCCAGCUGAGAAAGACCUCUGUUGCAAUGAUCUGCAAUCUGUGUGCACCAUUACAGUGCCAAAUUGCAGUGAAGAGAAACAGGAGGAGAGACCUUUUAGCCGCCUGAGACGCACGCGAGGUGUGACAACCACGACAGCCACGUCCCAGUUUAGAUUGCGAUUGCAAGAGGACAGUGGCUGCAACAUCACCGAGUUCUUGAAGACGCGGAAGUUCUUGCGCAUGUGGGAACGCCUGCGCUAUGGAAUUUGUGAGGUUGCAAUGCAGAAGAUGCUCGAACAAAGGCAAGGUAUGGAUGCAGUGUUUUUAUCCUCGCACCGUCUUCGAGAGAAAACCCGCAGACUUCGCGACAUCAUAGGGCAGUACAAGUACCUGGUGGAACCCUGCAACUUCAGCGCUCACUUCGUAUGUCGGCCCUUUCGUGGUAAUGGUGAUGAGCCCCAUUUGGAUCUGGACAUCACUGUCCCGGAGCUGUCUCUGCUGUUGGAUAUGAAACAGCUGAAAGGUUUGGCGGCAAUUUUGGGCUAUCUGAAGAAUUGGGUUCGACACGACAAGCUCUUCCAGUGGAAGCCAGCACCAGCGGAGUUCAGGAAUGCUUCUGACAUCUCUGGCUGUGGUUUGUCCAAGGGGCGGCUGCUUUGGGCCUAUGCUUUGAAGCUAGUGUUGCAAAGCAUCCACCCCACGUACUUCUGGACCUCUUUGGCCUGGAUCAACAUGCGCCGGGGUGCUUCAAUGCGUCAAGCACUUUUCGAGGCCCUCUCAGCCAGGACUGUUGAUCAAGAACGCAUUGAAGUGCUACAAGUAGGACUCUCUUUUCUGGAGACUUGGGCAGAAGCUAUGCGAAGCGUAUUGCGCCAAAGAAAUGGAAUUACAAAGAUGGAACUUGAAAAAGUGACAUUGGACAUGUUGAAGGAGACCGGACGGAGUUUAUAUUCCUACGAAACCCUUCACUCACACUGUUCUAAAACGGAACCCGCCAGGAUGUGUGAAGCCUCAGGUUUCCACAACUGGUAUUACAAACCCGUCCCACGAAAAACUAUGGGAAAACACGAAUGCCGUUCAGGCUGCCGUGAAAUGCGAACCAUGAUGUGUUCCACAUGGCACACAAAGUUUCCGCUUGCACCUCAACUGGCGCAAAUUCUGUCCCUACAAGGCAUUUAUAUGUUUUUUUUUAUAUAA